CAGGAGUCAAACAUGUCUGGCGACUUCACCGAGUCACAUUCUGGCGUGACCAUUCCCGAGCCCAAGGAUGGCUUCUAUGGGUAUACAGACGAGAAGAGUCUCCAACACAUGGAAGGAAAAUAUUGGGCCCAGCGUCGUACGUCCGAUGUCUCGUCUGCUCCGUCCGAGCACGGCGGUCCAGCUGCUACUCUCAGUAGCAGCUUCAAGAUGACGGCCCUUCAAGAGGUCGCUUCUCCUGAACAGAGCGAUGAGAAGCUCAGGCCUUCUCCCUUCUAUGAUGAUGACGAACAGGAGCCUAUGCCCGAGACUAAGAUGAACACCGACUCGGUGGCCAAUGCUGAGCUCACUCGGAUCUUUCAGUCCUUCCAGAAGUGCCUUGAGCUCCGAGACAAGUAUAUUGGAAGAUCCUUGCAGAGGCUCGGAGACAGUCCUCGCGACCACGAUGGUCACUUCCACGGCUUGGCCAAUGGCGCUUCCGACGUAGCUGGCAUGAACCCUGAGGUUAAGAGUUACUCCUCUGCUAAACUCUCAAAGAGCCCCUACAAGCCGUGGAAGCUCUAUCCGAGGAAGCCGCCUCCGCACUGGCACUUCGCAUCUAAGGAUAAGACUUCGGGACCUGAUGUUCAUAGCUCACAUGAUGUCGGGAUGGAUGAGUUUGAUUUUGCUAAAUGCGAGAUCCCUGAUCAGAGCAGCUGGAGUUUCGAAAUCGAUGACAAGGGUGUAUACCAGGUUUACAAAUCGACUGCAGAAGACAGGAAGCCAGUAUUCGACAUCCCUACCAUCCGAGAGUAUUUUAUGGACCUCGACUACGUUCUCGGCGCGAUCGCAGAUGGUCCGGCAAAAAGCUUUGCAUAUCGUAGACUGCGAUAUUUAGCGAGCAAGUUCGAUAUGUACAGUCUUCUGAACGAGUAUCAAGAACUAGCGGAUAUGAAGAGUGUUCCUCAUAGAGACUUUUAUAAUGUACGAAAAGUGGACACGCAUGUUCAUUUGGCGAGCUGCAUGAAUCAGAAGCAUCUACUCCGUUUCAUCAAGUCAAAGAUGAAGCACAAUGCACAGGACGUUGUGAUAUACCGUGAUGGUGCACACUUGACUCUUGAACAAGUUUUUGAAUCUCUGAAGCUGUCUGCAUACGACCUUUCCAUUGACACACUUGACAUGCACGCUCAUCAGGACUCAUUCCAUCGUUUCGACAAAUUUAAUCUAAAAUACAACCCCCUCGGCGAAUCUCGCUUACGGGAAAUCUUCUUGAAGAUUGACAACAAGAUAGAGGGGAAAUAUUUUGCGGAGCUUACAAAAGAGGUCAUGACGGAUACAGAACAGAGCAAAUACCAGAACUGCGAAUGGCGUGUCAGUGUAUACGCUCGGUCGGCAAAUGAGUGGGAUAACGUCGCAAAAUGGGUCGUCAACAACAAGUUGUUUUCCCACAACGUGCGGUGGCUCGUCCAGGUCCCCCGCCUUUACCACAUAUACAAAGAGAGCGGGACGGUCCAGACGUUUGAAGACAUUGUCGUCAAUCUGUUCCGUCCUCUGUUUGAGGUAACGAAGGACCCAAAGUCUCACCCAGAGCUCCACGUCUUCCUGCAGAGAGUUAUCGGUUUUGACUCCGUUGACGAUGAGUCAAAAGCGGAACGGCGGUUCCACCGCAAAUUUCCAUUUCCCCGCCUUUGGGACGUCAAGCAAAAUCCACCUUACUCGUAUUGGAUGUAUUACAUGUAUGCUAAUAUGGCCAGUCUCAAUAGUUGGAGGCAGGCCAGGGGUUUCAACACGUUUGUCCUCCGUCCUCACGCAGGCGAGGCUGGCGAUACUGAUCAUCUUACGGCGGCGUUCUUGACUUCGCAUUCCAUCUCACACGGCAUCUUGCUGCGCAAGGUGCCUGCGCUGCAAUACCUAUUUUACCUCAAGCAGAUCGGACUCGCGAUGAGUCCACUGAGCAACAACGCGUUGUUCUUGACGUACGAGAGAAAUCCGCUUCCGGACUUCUUCAAGACGGGCUUGAACGUUAGUUUGAGCACCGAUGAUCCCCUACAAUUCCAUUUCACCAAGGAACCGUUGCUAGAGGAGUACAGUGUUGCAGCCCAUAUCUACAAACUUCCUCAAAGCUCUCUUGCGGAGUUAGCCCGUAAUUCCGUGAUACAGAGUGGGUUCGAGAUGGAGGUCAAGCGUCACUGGCUGGGACAAGAAUGGUACCUUCCAGGAGCCGCCGGCAAUGAUAUCCAUAAGACCAACGUCCCAGACAUCAGACUAGCGUACAGGCAUCAUACGCUUCUAGAGGAGCUGGCGUUGAUCAGAAUGAAACAGCCUGCAAACUGAAUGGGCAGGCUCCUUGAUUUGUCGCCGGACAAAGAGACUGAGUGGUGGCUUUAUGGCAGCGGUGCUGGAGGAGGCGCAGGAGGUGCAAGGCUAUCCUUGACGAUAGAUUGACGCCGACGGCGCAGGGAGCAAUUAUGUAGCAUAUUGUCAUAGUGUACGUACGUUGGCCCAAUUAUGGGCAUUGUAGAAGCUGCACUUAGUCUUCUGCCAAUCGUACGCCAAGCUGUUAAACG